GACUUCCUGUUUCGAGCUCGACUGUUGACUGUUGGAAAGGGAUGAGGUCCUCGGAAGAUAAUAAAACUACCAAAUGAAACCGGAAUAAAAGUUCACUCAAAAUGAGCUGGAUUCCCUUCAAGAUUGGCCAGCCAAAGAAGCAGAUUGUCUCAAAAACCGUUGAAAGAGACUUUGAGCGGGAAUAUGACAAGCUUCAAAAGCUGGAGGAUCAGACGAAAAAGCUUCACAAGGACAUGAAGAAAAGCACUGAGGCUGAUUUAGCUAUGUCCAAAGCAGCAGUGAAGAUCUCUGCAGACCUGCUCAGUAACCCGCUGUGUGAGCAGGACCAGGCCUUCCUGGACUCCAUGACAGCUUUAGAUACAGCCAUGAGACGUAUGGACGCCUUCAACCAGGAGAAGGUCAACCAGAUCCAGAAGACUGUUAUUGACCCUCUGAAAAAAUACAGCGGCGUCUUCCCCAGCCUCAACAUGGCAGUGAAGCGUCGGGAACAGGCACUGCAGGACUACAAACGGUUGCAAUCCAAAGUGGAGAAGUAUGAAGAGAAAGAAAAAACCGGCCCCGUUAUGGUCAAACUACAUCAGGCCAGAGAGGAGCUCCGACCAGUCAGGGAGGACUUUGAGGCCAAGAACAAGCAGUUGCUGGACGAGAUGCCCAAGUUCUACCACAGCCGCAUCGACUACUUCCAGCCCAGCUUUGAGGCUCUCAUCCGCGCACAGGUUGUCUAUUUCACCGAAAUGUACAAGAUUUUCAGUGAGCUAACAGACCAGAUCGACCAGGCAGGUCUGACUGAUGAGCAGAGGGAGAGGGAGACCGAGGCCAAGCUCAGCGAGUUGCGUGCUCUGUCCAUUGUCGCCGACGACUGAGUGAGGAAAGCCGAAAACCGGGAAGGGCUGCUUUCAUGCCUCUCUGAAUGGAUUGCACUCUUUUCAGGCUCCUUCGCACAGUUCAAACGGACAGCAAUGGCCUUAACCUGAUUAUCAGAUUGUUUCCUUGUGGCCUCAUCACCCCCCCCCCACCCCGUUCCUCUUGCACUACACUCCCAUGUUUCAUUCUCUCUGCAGAGACUCAAAGCAGCUGAAAUGCCACAUUAACUAAGCCAUCAGCCAAGUGCGCAACAUUAUAAGCCAAUAUGUUUUUCUUUUUUCUUUUUUUUUAGCAAAGGAAGCAAAUUGUUCUUGUCAGAGCUAAUUAACAGGUUACACUUCUUGGUUUCAGAGAUGUCUAUGAGCAUUUGUUUCUUAAGCAGGAAAUCAGCAAGGAAAUGUUCUUAUUAGUCACAUCUGCAAUGUUACCAACAAUCUGUGAAACCGUUUUUUUUACCCAAGUUUGCAACAAAAAACACUACAGACUGAAUGUUAUGCAAUGUACUGUAGAGUACCGGCAAGAAAAUGUAUUUCUGUAUUUUGGCCUUUGCUGGUUAUCUCCAAGUUAAGCUCUGUGCCAUGUUAUGUGAGGGAUUUUUUUUAUUGGGGUUUAUAGGAUGAUAUUGGUAACAUCACCUGUGCAUUAUGUGCCUACAUUGUCCUGAUGGUGGAUGUAACAUGUGAACUAACUUGAGUGAAGUGACUUUGUGCCUGUGCAGCCCUGUUGAAAGGUCGACCACUCUGGCUGCGGAGACAAGUAGCUGUCGAAGUCUAUUCACUGUCCAAAACAGAUGCUGGUGCUCCCUCUAGUGGUAAAUAUUGAUCAUGACACACCAUUUCCUUUUAUGCACACCAUCCAUCCUUUGUUGCAUUGUUGGUGGAUCAGUUUGACGCUCGCUCAUUGUUGGCGCUCUGAGAAAGUCCUUUCUCUGUUCCCUCUGAACCAGGGUUGGAAGCCACCUUUUACUUUGGCUUUCCUUGAUUUUGGACCAAAUCAUACUGUCAUUGCACUCCUUUGUUUCCACCUUUAUCAGGUACUGCCUCAGUAUGAUAAACACGCUCUGGUUAAUAGGGCUACAUUGUGAUACAUUAAUUGCUCCCGUACCGUUUUUAAAACAGUGUCAUAGCAAGAAUUUGACUAUUUAUUCUUUGGCAUAAUUUUUAAAAUUAGUGAUACAAAUGCUUAGUUGAUUCUGUCUUUGUGUUUGAGUUACAGUAUGUAUUAAUGAAGGCUUUUCUAAAUAAUGAGUUUAAGUGGGAGAUUUUUUUAACACAACUAAGUGAACAUUUUAACAUUAGAGUGGGUUUUAAUUUAGGCUUUUGAAAUGUAUUAACACUACAAUCUGUUAAAUGACAAUGUUUUCAGUCAUCAUCUCAAUGAGUCAAUCAUGGAAUAAAUUAACUGUGAGAAAAGCAA